UGCGGGACGCGCAUCGUCGCGAAUAAUAUUACCCAACAUCCCUUGCAACAACAAUAUAAUAUAUACAUAGUAACAAUUUUUCAAAAAAAAAAAAAAAAAAAGAAACGGUACACAACAAACCCUCGUUUGUUAACAAAAAAGGCGAGGGAAACGAGAUAAGAGAAAUAAAAAACAUUUCACACCACAAACGAGACCAUCGAAUUUCAUCCCUUAAGAUGAACCUACAGCACCCUCAUCCAAAUUUCAAGCUUUAAUUAUUGGCAGCGAAUCUAUGCAAAAAAAAAAAAAAACCAUAAAAAAUUGAAUGAAAUAUGAGAAAGAAAAACUACUUUUCAACCGCACGUGACGAUCGUCUUCGAAACGAACCCUUUUGAGAAUUAAGGUAGUCGAAGGAUAUUGGAAACAAAAAAAAAAAAACAGGAAAACGGGGGGGGAGGAAGAGAAAAAAAAUUCCUCAACGUAGUGAGAGAAUAUCCCCACCCUAUUUCACGGUCUUGUCAAAAAGUUGACGAGAUAUAGGAAGAGGGGUUGGAAAUAGAGAGGGUGAAAUUAAAAGGGAAGAAGAGAGAAAAUUGAAAGAUUCAAAGUAAGGAAGGGAAUAAUACGGGUGUUAAAAUGUCGUAGUAUUAGUUUCGGGAUAAAUUUCGCGACGAACUUCCGGUGUAACUAAAAAAAGAUCCGCAAACACGAACGAUCGAUGGAUCAUUCAUCGAUCAAACUUUUCAUGCCGAGUAUAUCAGUGCGAUUAGUGGCAAUCUAGAGAUCGUUCAAAAAAUUAGGAGCCGAAAAAUUAUAGACUUUGAAUCAAGGGAUGCGUGUGGACUGUUGUUUUUUUCUUUCGAAAAGUCUCUCGUAACUUUCCAACGAGAAAAAAAAAAAAAAAAACAAGAGAAAAAAGAAGGAAUGAAUGAAACACCAUGAAGAGGAUCGAAUCGGAUCUACGGUCUUACGAUCCGUUUCCGAAGAUCUUAGGAAUUAUCUGCGAUCAGUGAAAGUGUGAAUUUUAAUCAAAUAUUAAUACAGUGUUUUACGUAAGGUGUCUGAGAAAAAAAAAAAAUUAACAUGAAACUAAAUUGAAGUCAGUAAAAAAAAAAAUAAAAAAUAAGUCGAAACCCGUAAAGUAUGUAAAAUCGUCUAUUUAUAUGUGUAAAGUGUUGUAUUGUGCGAAUAAAUAUUUUGUACCAGUACGACGUUACGUUUUUAGUUAAUUUGUGUUAGAUGCCUAAUUGAUAGUGUUCUUGAGGUUUUAAUUGAUCGAUUGAAAAAGUAGAAGAAAAAUAUAAAUAAUAAUCGCACGCGAAUUAAUAAUUAUUUAAUAACAAAAGGUGUUUGUGUGAGGUGUCAUAAUAUAUAGAUGUACAUACAUACAUAGAUAUAUAUAUAUGUGCACGUAGGUACAUAGAUUUAAAACUUUGUGUAACUUUUCGUAUUAUAGAUAAAUAUGAAUAUGAAAAAUGAAGAAGUAUAAAAUUGCCUCGCGUGAUUAAUCGCGAAAACUUUUAUACAUGCGCCACGCGUUUUCCAGUCUAUAAAUAAUAUAUGAAUUAUGUUUUACAUCUAUAUUAGUUUACCUCUACUAAAAAUAUAUAUACCAUAACGUCGGCUGCAAUUUCCCCAUUUGAAUUAUAAGUGAAUGUAUUUUACACGUUGUACAAAUAUUCGAAAUGGAAAAUUUUUUUCCCACAAUAGAAAAUUAUCGAGAUUUGAUUACGACCGUCUGAAAUAAAUUCGCCGUUCGAGAUUUUCUUUUUUCUCACGUUUUUUUCGUUGCAAUUUCACAACCGUGUUUGUGUGAUAAUUAAAUACUCAUUAGAUCCAAGUAUAUAAAAAAAAAAAAAACAACCAAAACACGUUCGGUAUGACUUUCUGAUGAACGAAAAAAAAUUAUUCCAGAUCCACGUGCAAUCCGGACGGUUCGAUGAGACCGACAUUUUGAAAAUUUUAUCGCAUGAGAUAAAAAAAACCAUUAAAUAAAAUAAAAGCGAAAAAAAACAGAGCGACGGUGACAGUGAUUUUUCAGUUACAUAGAUUACAGUGAGAAACCAGCUGAUCCAAUCAGUUGGCCAGUGAAUAAAUCAGAAAAUACCAAAUUUAGAAAUAAAAAAAAAAAAGAAAUGAAAUAAAAAAUAAUUUUUCAAAUUCCAUCUUCGCACCAUGGAUGUCUGGAAAAGUGGACAAUUUAUUUGUACCUAUUAUGUGAUCUGGAUCAUAAUUCGAGCUGCAUCGGGUGGUCGUGUUUUCGACGUGACCGUAAUACCGUUGCAGCAAGUGAACGCGGAAGCCGGCGGUAACAUAUCGUUGGCUUGUCCAGGUGUCACGGAACAAUCGCUCGUACUCAUGUUGGAAUGGAGAGCGGACGGCGCAAGGAUACUGGAGUACAGCAGCAGCAGCACAACCGUAUGGAAACAUCGCAACAGAGUGUCACUUACCACCGACAAUUUCGCCCUCUUUUUUCAUCCCGUUACAUCGGUGGACAGCGGCGAGUAUUACUGUCUCGUCAACAACCGUCCGAUGCCCGAGGCCAUCGUCAAACUCAUGGUUCAAGAUGUUCCAGAUCCUCCGGGACGUCCUCUGAUAGUCGCCUUCACAGCGAGAUCCGUUAAUCUUUCGUGGGCAGCGAGUGCGAAUUCCCACAAUAAUCCGAUCUCGAAUUACGUGAUCUACAUCAGGGUCGGCGAGGACGGUUCAUGGGACGAAAUGGGCGGCAUAGAAACACCGACGAACGACACAAGCUACACGAUUCAGAAUCUCAUACCGUUUACGGUGUACAGUUUUCGUAUAGCCGCCGUUAACGCAAUGGGACGAAGUCGAUCGAGCAAAGAAUCUUACUACAUGGUCACCUUAAGAGAAGUGCCGGACGGAAAACCGACCAUCACAACUGCCCACAACACAUCGGCUACGUCGAUUCUGAUCGCCUGGCGGCCUCCGAGCCGCGACACAAUCCACGGCGAAUUUUUGGGCUAUCGUAUCGCCUACAGACCACGUGACAUAAGAAACGAAGAUGUUAAAGAGAUUUACAUACGCGACGCAAACGUCGAGAGUCACACAAUACACAACCUUGAAACCUACACCCAGUAUUUGGUUUCACUUCAAGUCUUCAAUCCCGAAGGACUUGGCCCUUCAACAACGGUAUUAGUGAUGACGGAUGAGGGAGUGCCCAGCAAACCGUUGAACUUGACCGUACAUCAGGUGACCUCGUCGUCGAUAGAACUUUCUUGGGCCGAACCUGAGAACGCUAACGGCGACAUCAGGGGCUACAGAGUCUACUACAUGCACUCGAAUUACACGGACGUUAAAUCGCACCGGAAUAUCGACCACGACGAGCCGAACAUAUUUUUCAACCUGACCAGCCUGGAACCCUUCACCAAGUACAAGAUAUGGGUGAAGGCGUACACGUGGAAAAACGAGGGGGAGCCGUCGGAGCACAUCAUUCACAAAACGGAUGUCACGGGCCCCAGGGCGCCCCGCAUUUUGAAUCUAACCUGCCAGGCGCAAGACGCCAUUUAUUUCCAAUGGCAGCGACCCGGUACAUUCUGGAACUCCAUCGACUACUACUACAUCAGAUUCCGUAACGAGGACAACGGCGAGUACGAGGAAAUCGAACUCACCGCCGACAAGGAACACCUCGAAAGCGGGACGACCAUACCGAACCUGACCAUGAACACGAUGUACGAGAUAAUGGUGCGCGGUGCUACGAGGAGCGUCAUAGAUCGCAACGUGAUAAUACAGGGUGAAAAUACGCCACCCCGCAAAGUAUUGGUCGCCCGUAAUUGCGACAAAAUACCGCCGUCGAUGCGACGCAGCAGCAAGGAAUUCAGCGCCGGCGUUAUAGCCGGCAUGGUAUGCGCCUGUUUCGCCGUAAUGUUGGCCAUAACGUCGUUCCUACUCUGGAGGCCAUGUCUUAGGCCAAUGUUUAGAAAGUGUUUCCACACGGCUUAUUACUACCUCGACGACCCGCCGAGGAACGUGCCGACCCUCCAGGACUGGGAGAACACCGAACAGGACGGGGAACGUACGGCGGUGGCGAUGCAGAAUUUCGCCCAACAUGUGGCGGCCCUACACGCCGACGGUGACAUCGGCUUCAGCAAGGAGUACGAACUCAUUCAGUCGGACGGCGGCGAUUACACCGUGGAAAAUUCGCAGUACGCCGAGAACAAGACGAAGAAUCGCUACCUCAACAUAUUGGCGUACGAUCACACCCGCGUCCAGUUGCUGUCGUGCGGCGGUGGACCGCCGAAGAAAGGCCAGGAUUACGUGAACGCCAAUUACAUUGACGGUUGGCAGAGGUCUAGAGCGUACAUCGGCACUCAGGGUCCGUUGCCACCGACUUUCGACGGUUUUUGGCGUAUGGUUUGGGAACAACGCGUCUCAAUCGUCGUGAUGAUCACGAAUCUGGUCGAACGCGGACGCAGAAAAUGCGACAUGUACUGGCCCAAGGAGGGUACGGAAACCUACGGUCACAUCCAGGUGACCUUAAUGAGAGAAGACAUCAUGGCUACUUACACCGUCCGAACUCUUCACAUCCGUCACUUGAAGCAGGUUAAGAAGAAGAAAAAUGGCACCAACAUGGGGGAGAGAACCGUUCUUCAGUACCAUUACACCGGUUGGCCCGAUCACGGUGUGCCCGAUCAUCCACUUCCGGUUCUAAGCUUCGUCAGAAAAUCAUCGAACGCAAAUCCUCCGGACGCCGGUCCGAUAAUCGUGCACUGCAGUGCCGGUGUCGGACGCACGGGAACCUACAUAGUGAUAGACGCCAUGUUGAAACAAGCGAAGAGCAAAGGGGAGAUAAACGUAUUCGGUUUUUUGAAGCACAUCAGAACCCAGAGAAAUUUUCUAGUUCAGACGGAAGAGCAAUACAUAUUUAUUCACGACGCUCUCCAAGAGGCUAUCGAAAGCGGCGAGACCAAUAUAGAAGUCAACAGUCUCCUGCAACAUGUCAGGGACAUGUUGUGUCCGACCAACAACAAAAAUGAUCCGUGGAACUCCCUCGAGGCGCAGUAUAAGCUCGUGACCUCGUGGAAACCCAAGGAUUUCAAUCUAGUCUCGGCUACGAAGCCCUGCAACACAUUGAAAAAUCGCAAUAUGGAAGCUCUGCCGAUCGAGAACGCCAGGGUGCAUUUAACGCCGAAGCCCGGAAUCGACGGAAGCGAUUACAUAAACGCCACUUGGUUCUCAGGUUUUCAACGUAAUCGUGAAUUCAUACUGACCCAACACCCCAUGGAGAACACGAUUAUGGAAUUUUGGCAAAUGGUCUGGGACCACAACGCACAGACUAUCGUGAUGCUGACUCACUGCGAAGAGGAGUAUCCGGAGUUUUGGCCAACCGAGGGUAAAGAUUUGGAGUCCGAUACGUUCCGAGUUAGACUUUGCGGAGUCAAAGAAACUGUGAACGGUGUUGUACUCAGAGAAGUUGCCGUCAGAUCAUUGCAGGACGAUUAUGAAUUGAGCGCUAGAAUAGUUCAAGGACCUUUCGACCAGGGUGGUCCGUGGCCGCACAACAAUAAUCCCAAAUUAUUCGUCAACGUCGUUCAAGACUUUCACAGAGACUACCAAAACGGACCCAUAAUCGUGAUGGACAGAUACGGAGGUAUAGAAGGUGGACUCUUCGUCAUUCUUACGACGCUCAACAAACAACUGGAGUUCGAACAGACCGCUGAUAUUUACAUGUUCGCCAAACUGCUGUACAUGAAACGACCGGGGAUAUUUAGAUCCAAGGAGGAUUACAUUUUACUUUACCAAUGUCUCGAGUCGAUGCUGUCGCCUAAGGCCUCGGCCGAGCCCGAUCUCUACAUGACGGCCAACGGUCACGUGACUGCGAUUAACGAGGGCGUGGAUCACCACCAAAUACAGAUACUGAGCAGAGAUCCGUCGACGCAGCACAUAGGGGUCGCAGAUUUUCCGUUGAAGACGCCCAUCCGAGAGUACACGAACAUAGAAAUGACCGAGUACCCGCAGGAAUACUCGACGUGCAACAAUGUGAAUUCAAACCAUAUUAACAACGAGCAUCCGUCGAUAACACCCGUUGUUCGUAACGAACGUUUGAUAUCGUCGAACAAUUCUAUUGUUAAUAACCAACAGUUACGAAAUUCGAAUCUGUCGCAAGUAUCUUUAGACUUGAACGGUUAUGUAUCCAACGGCAGCACCAGAAUACCUCCCGAGGGAAUGGAAUCGACUUGCGUCAUAGUUCCGCCAUGAUGUAAAGCUACGGUUCGUUGCCAGGGAGCAGCUCACCGUUCAGAAAUGUUGUAAACGAGCCAACGUGGUCAAUGAAACAGAAUAUAACCUAUGAAAAACAAAUUACCCUCAACUGAAACAAUCGGACGCGCUUUGACGCUCUCGACUCUGUAAUAGAAAAGAAACGAGAACGGAAAAAAAGAAUCAUACGAAGAUGAUCUGGAACGCUAGUGAAUACGAUAGCGUGAUCUGCAGUUUUCUUUCAUUACCGUUCGAUAAAGAAACAAUAACGGAGAAUAAAAUGAUAACGAACUGAAAUUUUUGUCUUCGGUAAAAAAUUUCUUGGUACGUUCGUACGACGGCAAAAUUUUGAAAAGACUGCAGCCGGUAGGUAUAUCGAAAUACCGAAAAAAGGUCGUACCGAUCGAGAUGUUUGUCUGUGAAAAUGAUGGACAAAUUGUAAAAAAAAAAAAAAAAAAAAAAACAAAAACAAAGUUGAUCGGGCGACAAUACGAUUCCAAAUGAACGUAAGAACUGAUUAUGUAUAUUAAUAUCGUUUUGACAUUAUUUUAAAUUCUCCACUAAUUAUCCUUUUAUAAUUCGAACGACGUUCGAUCAACAAUCUGAUUCGCCAAGUUGCCAAAGAAUAAAAGUUGAUCAUAUUAUUAUAUUGAUUGACCAUUAGUAAUAAUAAUUAUUAUUAUAUGAAUCGUUUUUACGUAAUAAUAUCUAAGCAAUGGUAAUAUAUAAUAUCUCGUUCACCACGUCUAUUACAUAAAAUACGUAUUAAAAAAAAAAAAAAAAAAACGAAAAAAUUAAGUAAUACGAACUCAAACGAAAUACGCGAGGUAUGCGAAUAGUCCGAAACUGGGUGAUUCUCUUCUAUUUUUUAUUUCCAAUUUUUCGAUUACUUUGUUAUCGCUAUAAAUAAAUAAAAAAAAAAAAUAUAUAUUAAAAUAUAAUCUACUACAGGUAUAUGCUUGCAUAUAUGCCACGUGUAAAUAAAUAUGUAAAUAGAAGAAAAAAAAGACGCGAUGUGAGGAGAAUAUGCGUGUGUUGCUGAAAUAGAUAAUGUGAUGUGUGAUUGUUUUGAAAUUCUUCUUCGGAAAAGAUAGAAAUAAAUUGAAAAAAGAAUUAAAUGGAUAUUACGGAAAAAAAAAAAAAAA